GAAAGUACAAUACACAAGUUUUCAUUAAACUGGUUGUAGUGGACAGGAAGUAAACAAAAAAAUCCAGUCUUAAUGUGACGUCACGAAUGACACGUAUUCAAAAUGGCUGCCGCGGUGAUGGAGACGUGGUGGGCCUUGCUGCUCUUUUCCUUAUUGCCUGUGGUGGUGCCCUUCUACGUUCCUGGUGUUGCCCCCCAAGAUUUCCAAGAAGGGGCUAUUGUAGAUAUUAAGGCUGUGAAAAUGACCAGCACUCAUACCCAACUUCCCUAUGAAUACUACUCCCUACCAUAUUGUCAGCCUUCUUCUAUUGUCUACAAAGGAGAAAACCUGGGGGAGGUCUUGCGUGGGGACCGUAUUGUGAACACCCCAUUCAAUGUCGAAAUGAACAAGGAUAAGAAGUGUGAGGUGGUGUGUGACAAAAAAAAACUCAGCAAAGAAGAGAGCAAGUUGUUUGCAGAGCGAAUACAAGAGGAAUAUUAUGUUCACCUUAUUGCAGAUAAUCUGCCAGUAGCCACGAGGUUGGAAGUGUAUCUCAAUAGAGAAGCAGGAGCUGAAGAGGAGCUUAAAAAGGAUAUUGUUAAAGAUAUCCAGUUUGAACAUGGCUACAGACUGGGCUUUGUCGACAACAACAAGUUUUAUCUCCACAACCACCUUUCCUUCAUCCUGUACUUCCACAGGCAGAAGCUGGAGGAGGGGGAGCAGCACAACUAUAGAGUGGUGCGAUUUGAGGUCAUACCCCAAAGUGUAAAAGUAGAGGAUCUGAAGGCUGUGCCAAAAGAGAAGACUUGCACCUUGCCAGAGGCCAGCGGCUCUUCUGCACAGGAGAUUGACCCCACAACCGAGAACGAGGUCCUCUUCACGUAUUCUGUGCACUGGGAGGAGAGUGAGGUGAAAUGGGCUUCUCGAUGGGACACCUACCUGACCAUGAGCGACGUGCAGAUCCAUUGGUUUUCCAUUGUUAACUCUGUGGUGGUUGUCUUCUUCUUGUCGGGUAUCCUCAGUAUGAUCAUCAUUAGAACCUUAAGAAAGGACAUUGCAAAUUACAACAGAGAGGAUGAUAUAGAAGACACAAUGGAAGAGUCAGGAUGGAAGAAUGUCCACGGUGAUGUCUUCAGGCCUCCUCAGUAUCCCAUGAUUCUCAGCUCACUUCUGGGUUCAGGAGUCCAGCUUUUUUGCAUGAUCCUUAUUGUCAUCUUUGUUGCCAUGUUGGGCAUGUUAUCGCCGUCGAGUAGAGGAGCUCUGAUGACCACUGCAUGCUUUCUCUUCAUGUUUAUGGGUGUAUUUGGAGGCUACUUUGCUGGACGACUCUACCGCACACUGAAAGGCCAUCGGUGGAGGAAAGGAGCAUUUUGUACUGCAACUUUAUAUCCAGCUGUGGUGUUUGGAAUUUGCUUCAUCCUCAACUGUUUCAUUUGGGGAGAACACUCCUCUGGCGCGGUGCCCUUCCCAACCAUGCUUGCUCUGCUGUGUAUGUGGUUUGGUAUUUCCAUGCCCUUGGUCUAUCUGGGCUACUACUUCGGUUUCCGCAAGCAGCCCUAUGACAACCCCGUGCGCACUAACCAGAUCCCUCGGCAGGUCCCAGAGCAGCGCUGGUACAUGAACAAGUUCGUGGGAAUCCUGAUGGCCGGGAUCCUACCAUUUGGUGCCAUGUUCAUCGAGCUAUUCUUUAUUUUCAGUGCCAUCUGGGAGAAUCAAUUCUAUUAUCUCUUUGGCUUCCUGUUUCUGGUCUUCAUCAUAUUGGUGGUCUCCUGCUCUCAGAUCAGCAUUGUCAUGGUUUAUUUCCAGCUGUGUGCAGAGGACUACCGAUGGUGGUGGAGAACCUUCCUGGUUUCGGGAGGGUCAGCGUUCUAUGUUCUCGUGUACGCCAUCUUCUACUUUGUCAACAAGCUGGACAUUGUAGAGUUCAUCCCAUCGCUGUUGUACUUUGGCUACACCACCCUGAUGGUGCUUUCCUUCUGGCUUCUGACGGGCACAAUCGGCUUCUACGCCGCCUACGUCUUCAUCAGGAAGAUCUACGCUGCAGUCAAGAUCGACUGAGUCAGUUGCUGCUGCUGUCAUCUUUUUUUUUUUGUCACUUUUUUUUUUUUUUUAUGUUUUUAUUGUACAACCAACACUGACUUGUGUUGUGGUGGGAGAAGCAAACGUGUUGCUUUUUUCAGAGUAUAAAAGUUACACCCAAUGACCGGAUUGGGUAUAACACGGAGUCUCCUUCCUUGCCCAUCCCAGCUUUUUUUUUUUUUUUUUUUUUUUUUUUUUUUUAGGCAGGGGGGAGCAGAGGAUGUUUCCUCUACUGGGACUGUUUGCAUCUUUCGCUGGUUCACCUUGCACAAAACACUGGGCCAAACAAUGGAUUUCUGCACAUUUUGUCUCCCCCCUUGAUUUAAUUUAUCCAUGUAUUUAGUUUUAGUUUUGCUAUCACCAGUCAUGUUGGAAAGACUGUUGACCUUGGAUCUGUUUUCACCCAAAUAUUCCCGGUUUCUUUAUUUCCACCUCUUUCAUUUGAGAGACUUUACACAAAGAGAGGUGAACUGUGGUUGUAGUGUGUUGGUGUUUUAUGUUGAACAGAUUGAUCUCCAUUCUCACACCGAAUGCAUAUAUUAAAUGCUCUCAUUUUUUAAAUCAUGUUUCCAUAUAUUUUGUGUAGCCACUUAAAUCACAACUGCAUCAAGAAAUCCCCUUUUCCCUUCUAAAGGAACUCAAUGUACCAAAUAUAUUGGUGUAUUGCCUGAUGAUUGAACUUUUUUUGUGAAAGCAGUGGCCUGGGAUUUAUUCAAAAUGCAUAUUGAUAUUGUGUUUAAGACGUUAAUACACAUCUGAAUCAUCCCAGCUGUAACCUGAAAAUUCGUUUUUAUGCUUAUUAAAUGAUGGGUGCAGUAUUUUUAAGCCAGGAACCUUUUUCUCUUCCCUGUGGUUUUGGAUUAAAAUAAAGGUACAAAUUUCCCCACAUCUGGUGGCAAUUAAUUAAAUUUUAUUGGAGCUUACUCUCUUUCCAAGUAUUUUCUGUUGGAUGUGUAUAUAGAAAAGUUACAUGCGGGCAGCAGUAGCUCAUCUAACUGCUGAGGUGCCCUUGAGUAAGGCAGUAAGGCCCCCCUGAAAUUGAAACACUUCCAUACCUGUGUGAUGUACAACAGAAGUAGAGGUGUAUCUAAAAUUAGAAUACUGUAUUGUGGAAAGCAGUUCAAUUCAGUUUACAGUUAAUGGAGGAAAAAAAUCAAAAAAAUUUGAACACUAUUUAAAAUGAGUAGUCAUAUUUUUUUUAAAUGAAUGUUUGUGUGUCAUCUCAAAUGUUGUGGCCUCGGGGUGGAGUAAACAUGAUUCUCAAGUGUGCUACUGGGACCUCUUGUAGUAAAGUGGGAAGGAAAAUUAUGUAAAACCUUGGGAAUCUCUGAAAUUUAUGUAUAAAACUAUCAUAAAUGUCUGAUUUUUGACUAAAUCACAAUAAUUGAAUAAUAUAUAUUAAUAACAAUUAAAUACCACACAAUUAUGUUUUGACAUUUUAUAGGGCGUAGCAACUUAUUGACUCUUGACUAAUUUGCUCUUCAAGAGUCUGGAGCCACUUUUUCUUACUGUCCUGUGAAUAAAAAUGAGGCUUGUGUGGUAAUAGUUUAAGCGACAUCAGUUUGUUGGUUCUUGUGCUUUAUGCCCGCCAAACAAAGUUGGAGACAUUGAGAAAAAAAAACACCCGGACUCACCACAUAGACUGUCCAAUUAGGUAUAUAACACUUAAGACCACUGCUAUACUACAGUUACAGGAAAAAGAAAUAAAACGUGUCAUGCCAUUCCUUGCGCUUUCCUAGGCUUCUCAGAUCACUGCUUAAUCUACUUUAUUUUCUGCUAUUGAAGUAAAUAUGUGCUCCAUAUAGUUAUGCUGUACCUCAUAUCUAUUGCAUCAUGGUGCAAUAGGUGUCGUUCAUCGCUAGAGGGCAAUCAAGUGCUUCCAGGCAGAGUAAACAUGGCCAGACUCUUGUGGAAUUAAAUCGCAGUAUCCCAUUUGUUUUGUACGUCAACGCAAAGUAGAUAUAUUUAUUGCAUUAACCUGGCACAUUUGAUUUAACAACCUAUUUAACAGCAGCUCUGAGCAGAACAGGAGAGCCGUGCGUGCGCACCAUAUGCUCAGCACCAUGUGCCAAUUUGUUAAGUGUUGCAAGCCUCGAAUUUUGGUCAUUUGGGAUUUGACUGGCUCAUGAAUGAAAGUCAAGAUAAAAGGAAAGAGUUUAAUGCUUAUCUACUUUAAUCUUUACUGUAGCACGUUCACCGUUUUCUGUGUUUGUGACUACUUGAGAAGUCAACAAAGGUUGGACAUAAAUACAUCAUUGUACAUUUAUUUGUGUGAAAAAUGCACUUGUUUAGUCUGGAUAACUGGAAUAAUCCCAUUUUCUAUCAGGUUUCUAUUUAUCUUUGGUGGGAUACUUUCUGGCUGUCACUAACUGCAUUUCAAGUAUAAAGU